GUUGACAGGAAGCGUAUGGGCCACGACACAGCCACAAACCCUCUGGGAUCAACAGUCGAACAUUAGCCAUCGCUUUCGUUUACUCCGCGCAGGUUUACCCACCCAAAGUAUGCUUUUUAACAGCGAGCCGGAGCAAAGAUGCAAUGGCCGUCGCUAGUAGUCGGUCUAGUCCUGCUAAGACUGUCUGUAAGCCUGUGGCUCGCCUUCGGACUCGCAGCUUACGUUAGCUUGGGCAUCGGGGACUCCGGCAGUGCUGAGGAGUCCCGGACCGGGGAGAGGGAAAGCGACGACUCGUGGUCUCAGCGGAUAAGCGGUUACAAACAUGAGGAAGCCACCGGGACCUGUGCCAAGGUGACGGGGGAUUCACCGAAAAGGUCCUACCUGAGCUUCUUCGACGGAAAUAAGGAUGACUACGUCAGGAGAUACAGCUCCUUCUCGGCUACGAUGAAAGCCACAAUGAAGGAGAAGGCCAGAGAAAUGUUCUACUUUGGAUAUGAUAACUACAUGAAAUAUGCUUUCCCUAAAGACGAGCUCAACCCAAUUGACUGCGAGGGCAGGGGUCCGGACGUGCAGAACCCCUCCAAUAUUAACAUCAAUGAUGUCCUGGGAAACUACUCGCUAACGCUCAUUGACACCUUAGAUACCCUACUGGUGCUUGGAAAUGUCACUGAGUUCCAGCGGGCUGUCGAGCUGGUGAUCGACACCGUGUCUUUUGAUAAGGAUUCAACGGUGCAGGUUUUUGAGGCCAAUAUCAGGAUAUUAGGCAGCCUCAUUUCAGCUCACAUUCUACUCACGGAUUCCAAGCAUCCGUUUGGGAGGGUGAAUUUGGAGGGUUACGACGACCAGCUGCUACACUUGGCCCAUGAUCUGGCCUUGCGCCUCCUGCCGGCCUUUGAGAACACCAGCACAGGCAUCCCCUAUCCAAGAGUGAAUCUAAAAACUGGAGUCCCGUCCGGUAGCAUUAAUGAGACGUGUACUGCGGGAGCUGGAUCCCUGCUGGUGGAAUUUGGAAUUCUGAGCCGUUUGACUGGAGAUUUUACGUUUGAGUCUGUGGCUCGGCGAGCUGUCAGAGCCCUUUGGAAGCUGAGGAAUAGCGAAACUGGUUUGUUAGGCAACAUCGUCAACAUCCAAACCGGCCACUGGGUGGGCAAGCAGAGCGGCUUAGGUGCUGGCAUGGACUCCUUCUAUGAGUAUUUACUCAAGUCAUACAUUCUGUUCGGUGAAAAGGAGGACUAUGCCAUGUUCCAAGCUGCCUACGAUAGCAUCCAAAACCACUUGAGGCGAGGGCGAGAGUCGUGCAAUGAAGGAGAAGGCGACCCUCCCAUCUACGUCAACGUGAACAUGAUGAGCGGCAAGAUCAUGAACACCUGGAUAGACUCUCUUCAGGCCUUUUUUCCUGGGCUGCAGGUGCUAAAUGGUGAUGUGGAAAAUGCUAUUUGCCUCCAUGCCUUCUAUUAUGCCAUCUGGAAGCGCUUCGGGGCUUUACCGGAGAGGUACAACUGGAAGCGGCAGGCUCCUGAUGUUCUCUUUUACCCACUCAGACCUGAGCUAGUGGAGUCCACGUAUCUGCUCUAUCAGGCGACCAAAAAUCCUUUCUACUUGCAUGUGGGAAUGGACAUCCUUGAGAGCCUUGAAAAUAAUACCAAAGUCAGAUGCGGCUAUGCUACCCUCCAUCACGUUGUGCACAAAUCCAAAGAAGAUCGCAUGGAGAGUUUCUUCCUAAGUGAAACCUGCAAAUACCUUUAUCUACUAUUUGACGAGGACAACCCGCUCCACAAAUCAGGUAACAAGUACAUCUUCACCACUGAGGGUCAUGUGAUGCCCGUUGACAAGCGAUUCCGAGAGAAACGAUGGAGCGGAAUGUGUCAGCAAGAAGACGAUGUGGAGCAACAGACGGAAACGAUCGAGCAGCCCUCACGGAACAUCAGCAAGUGCAUCCGGAUCCCCGAUGCGAGGCGCUACACGCUGCCCCUGAAGAGUGUCUACAUGAGGCAAAUUGAUCAAAUGGUUGGGUUACUCUGAUUCCUGUUUGCGUGGGACUAUGACCUGAAUGGAGAGGAAACAGUUGGACCACGACUUUUAAUUUUUCACUGGGUGAGAUCUGUGAGCCAAUUUGGAGUGUUUAAAGAGUGUGUAUGCGGGUGUGUGGAUUAGGAUAUGUUAAAAAAAACAAAACAAAAAAAAAACACCUAACACAUCCUCAAGCGUUCAGUGCCUGUUUGUAAUUCACCACAAGGGCUUUUCCCGUUUUUAUAUGGUGCCUGCUUAUGUUGUCAAUUCUGGCUUUUUCCAUGUCUUUGGUGUCAUAACAAAUGCAAACAUACAUUUAGAUCACUGUUUUUAAAGUGCCUUAAUCGUUUUUGUGUUACUCUGCAGGAGAUCGUGUACAGAUGUUUGCAGCUACUAAUUCAAGCCAUAGGUUUUUUUUUAUGUGAGCAUUUUCUGAAACUUUUUAUUUUUUAUUUUCAGAUUUAUUAUUUGUAUUGUGAUUGCUUCCUACCGGCUAUAAUCGUCUCAGGGUUUAAGAAAAAAAAAAAAGAACAAUCUCAAAAUUGACAUCUUAGUUAUUGCCUGUAAUACAAUAAGGUGUUAUGUUAUUUUUAAGUGGCACAUUUUUAUGUGUUUAUUGUUGAUUAAACCUGCUGCACAGU